AUGGCGCGCAACUCGGAAAAAGCGCAAUCCAUGCUCUUUCGCUUCCGCGCCGCCCAAGCCGCAGAGUCAGGCCUCUUGCCCUCAUCGUCGCUGCGCCGCCCGAAAGCCCCCUCGACGAUUAACACGGUGCCCUUGUGCGAGAAAUGGCGCGGCCAGAUCCUCAAGGAAGUCAGCCGCAAAGUGACCAAGAUCCAGGACGAGUCGCUGUCGGACUUCCAGAUCCGCGACCUCAACGACGAGAUCAACAAGCUGAUGAAGGAGAAGUGGGGCUGGGAACGGCGCAUCCGGGAGCUCGGCGGGCCGAAUUACAUGCGCGGAGGGGGCACCGUGUUUGACGACCAGGGGCGCGAAGUCCCCGGUGGGGGUAAGGGGUAUAGAUACUUCGGGCGGGCAAGGGAAUUGCCUGGCGUGAAGGAGAUGUUUGAGCGGGCCGCCAAGAGGAGGGUUCGUGGUGGUGAUGACGAAAACGAGGAUGUGCCCCGCCAGGAGAUUAAUCGUCGGAACCUCGACGCCAGGUAUUUCGGGUUUGGGGCGGACGAGGAGGACGGUGCACUUCUCAAGUAUGAGCGCCGGAAGGAGAAGGAGGCCGUGGAGAGGCUGGGGAAGUUGGCCGCGGAUGGUAACGAGGGAGCCGAUGACGAUCCGGACUGGGAGCCCUUACCCGGUGAUGCGGGCGACGGCAUGAGAUGGCGGUUACCUACGCUGGAAGAGGUCCAGCAGGAGCUGAUGGAUCGGCGGAGGAGACAGUUGCUCGACAAGCUCGGUUGA